AUGGAGCCUUGGGAAAUCUUCCUGAUUGUUGUGUUCGUUGGAAUGGCUGUAGUUACUGCGUUAGGUUUUUUUUGUAGAGGACGUACCUCGGUAGGCUUUGGUGGUGGAGGAACUUCUGGUGGUAGUCUUCAUCACCAUCGUCAUAAUCAUGCUGCAGGAGGAGGCUUCCAUGGCGGAGCAGACUUUGGCGGUGGAGCCCAUGGUGGUGGAGCUGAUUUUGGUGGCGGUGGAGCUGAUUUUGGUGGUGGCGGAGGAGGAGCAGGAGGAGGACUUGGUAGCAGUGCAUGUUGA